AUGGGACAUCCGAAUAUCGAACAGCGCAAAUUCAACUUUUGCCCAACUCUCGCUGGCCGCGACCUGGAGCACCUCAUCACCCAAUGUCCUAUGUGCACUCGCUUCUUUGCCGCUUGCUGUUCCCAUCAAUCCUACGGUGGCGAUUUGGCUUUACCUAACAAACGAGUUUGCCACCACUUCCAACUUGUCUUUAUCGAUGGCGCGUGUUCCAACAAUGGUCGGGACGAUGCUAAAGCUGGGCUGGGUAUCACCAUCGGCGACGAUGAAGAAUGUUGCUGGAGUAUUGCUGUGAAAGAUGCGGUAGACCCAGUUGGACCCAGAACUAGUCAACGCGCCGAGUUAUUGGCGGCGAUAGAAGGUUUGAAGCAAUUGGAGACUUCGAAUCGACUUCGAAAGGGGGAUAGCCUCCACAAGCCACCCCGCCGCGACACAGACACUCUGGGUCCUACCUACAUCGUCGUGGCCGAUUCUGAGUACGUUGUGAAAGGGAUCACAGAAUGGUUUCCCACUUGGCGUGUCAAAAACUGGCGUACGGCAGCUGGAAAAUAA